CUAAAUUACCUUUUGGCCUGUUUAAUGGUUUGUGGUGGGAUAGGGGUCAGAAGGAUAACUCUUUGCUACGGGAAAAGGUGGGUGUUGUCAUCUGAGGGUUCAAGACGAUUUGACGUCCUGCUGCUCCAAAAGUUAUUAGGUGCUGUUUACUUUUGCCAGACAUGUCUCAAUCAUCGUUGUCUGCUGCAAUUCUUCUUCAAUUCAAAAAUUGUCGCAUUCUGAGAAAUCAUAAAAUUUACUGGGAUGAUUUAUGGGUUCGUGAUGGUAAGAUAGUUGAUCCAGAAAAGAUAUUUUUUGACGAACGAAAGCCAGCCGACAUCCAAAUUGACUGCCAAGGGAACAUCAUAGCUCCAGGAUUUAUUGAUGUACAGAUAAACGGGGCAUUUGGUGUGGACUUUUCAGAUAUUGAUGGGGAUAUCCCUGCAGGGGUUAACCUUGUGGCCAAGGGACUGUUGGAAGCAGGUGUAACCUCUUUUUGUCCCACUGUGGUCACAUCACCGUCAGAAGUGUACAGAACAAUCUUGCCUAAGAUUAAAAAAUGCCCAGGGAGUGCAAAAGGGGCAGGUGUGUUAGGUAUUCAUGUUGAGGGUCCUUUCAUCAGCAAAGAGAAAAAGGGUGCUCACCCCGAGCAGUACAUUAGGACCCUGGAAAAUGGCUUCCAAGACCUUGAAGAUGUUUAUGGUAACAUUGACAACAUCACAAUGAUCACCCUGGCUCCAGAGCAAGAACAGGCACAUGAAGUGAUCAGGGAGUGUGUGGCUAGGAGAAUCACAGUAUCACUUGGCCACUCAACUGCCAAUUUAGUACAGGGGGAGGAGGCAGUGUGUCAGGGUGCUUCCUUCAUCACUCACCUCUUCAAUGCAAUGCUUCCUUUUCAUCACAGGGACCCUCACCUUGUGGGAUUGUUGGCAAGUGAACAUGUGCCACAUGACAAAACCAUUUUCUACGGACUAAUAUCCGAUGGCAUACACACACAUCCAGCUGCUUUACGCAUUGCUUACAGAGUUCAUCCUGAUGGAAUAGUACUUGUGACUGAUGCAAUGAGAGCCAUGGGUCUGCCUGAAGGAAUCUACAACUUUGGUCAGCAGAAGGUAGAAAUUUGUGGAAAGAGGGCUCUUCUCAAAGACACAGAGACCCUUGCUGGGAGCAUUGCAAGAAUGGAUACAUGUGUGCGGCAUUUUGCAAAAUCUGCAAGAUGUGGUCCGGUGCUGGCUCUGGAAGCAGCCUCCCUCCAUCCUGCUCAGUUACUGGGCAUCACAAAGAGUAAGGGGACACUGGACUAUGGAUCAGAUGCUGACUUCAUUUUCCUCAAUGACAACCUUGAGGUCAAAGCCACAUAUAUUGCUGGAGAGUGUGUGUGGACACCUGACGGUGUACAAAAAUAUGAUUUACUGUAAACAUCUUGAUCUGAACUUACAUGCAUAGUCAUGAAAAAGUUUAUUUAUUUACUAUGCAAGCGAAACUAUGCCAUGAAAAGUUGGCACAGUUUGAAUGAAUGGGACCACACAGGUCUUUUUCUUCUAGUCUCUCCCCUCGGCAUCAAUGAAUUUCUUCUAUCACACAUAACAAUGAGUCUUGGUUACUAAUUAUUUUUUUUUUAUUUCAGGGCUCUCUCUUAUGCUUGAUCAUUCCUUUGUAAAAUAAAUGUGCUUAUGGACUUUGAUAAAUUUUGGUUACACAUUUCACUGUCAGUAGAAGCUGAAUCUCUUAAGCUUCUUAUUUUUUGACAUGGUAAAAAUGUAUACAGCUUGAAGAUUUUCUGAGCAAGUUGGAGGAAGAAGCUAUAUUACCUCAGGGUAUGAUUAUACUAUUGGUUUAUAUCACAUAGCAAUGUGUAUUGCAAAUUCCCUUUUCAGAAAGGACACAUGACUAAUUGAUUGAUUGAUUUAAUACCUUUAAGGAGGAUGAUCUAGAUCAAAACCAGGUACUAAAGAGACCUGUUGGUUAUUAUUUUGUUACUUGAAAGGAUUGCAGGGCUUUUAUAUAUUUGCAAGUUUUAUAUAUUUCUUUAGUAUUAAUAGAAGGGCUGAGUUUCUUUUAUCAGCUUAUAUGGAGAUGAUGUCAGAAUCUCUAGACAGAUGACAUUACUAUUCAUUAUUCUGAUUUAAGUCAACAGAAGAUCUCAAUUUAUGAAUUACAUUUUUUUUUCUUUUUUAUAUGCUUCAUGAAGACACAAAAGCAAUACCAAGAAAAUAUCCAGACAUACAGUUGUGUAAAUAAAACCUUUUGGAAUUUUGAAUAAAACUUUACAUUGUCAAACAUUAAUACAAAUGAAAAUUAUGUCCUCUUCUCAUGCAAAUACAUAUGUUUGCUGGACAAGAUAAUAUAUGUUGUUUGAAGUAAUGAAAGACAGUUUAUAAAAACAUGAACAUUUUACCUCUUACUGCUUUAGUGGCCAGUGCGCUUUAUUAUGUUUUCACUUUAUGUUUACAGUCUUUACUUAUAUUGUAACUGCCAGUUAAUGGGUUUUUGUCUUUAAAAACAUUUGCAUCAUAUCAAUACAAUAUCUGUACGAUAGUAGCAGUGAGGUUUACUGCUAUCUUAGAUCUUUCGAGGAAAUGUUCUUUUUCAUUUAAAUUUUCAAAGCACACCCACCCACUUAGAAACACACACAGAAAGAUAUUCCAGAGAAAAUAUUUUAUUUUAGUAAUAUGUGACCCUCCACGACGAAAUAAGUCUUGUCAGAAAUUUGAGAUUUGCCAAAUUGCAUAUUUUCAAAAAGUGCAGGUUCUGAACUUUCUUUUGAUAUAAAACUUGUUCUUCUCAUCCUACUAUUGAGUUAGUUAUAAACAUUUGAAGUGUGAAAGAACGGUGGUGGCCAUUUCGAGAAAAGCGGGUUCAAAGAUUAGCGUCGAGAUGGCCGACCGGAUUUGUUUACUCCAUUUGCAGACAAAUAUUUUGAUUGUUUAGUAGUUGAAUCGUUCUUUAAAAAAGUUGAACAUACAGACUCGAUCCGGGCUUUCUGGCAAGGUAUACCAAGAUGGGGUUAUGACAGGGUGAAUUUUGUUUUCGUUCU